AUGGCUUUGCUCAGCCAGGUGGCUACCGUAGGGGUCACUUGUGACAAUGAGUUAGCAAAAUCGAUGCGCACUGAUGACCCCAGACGGGACAGUGUGGCAGCGUCAGUUAGAGAGCAAGUAGCGUUCGUUAAAGAAAUAGCGAAGGCAACACUCGCCGAAAUAAGCGAGCUGAGUAGGCCUAAAGUAGCAGAACGCGUUUUUGAUCUCUUGAGAGGAGUGCAAAUCAGCAGCGUAAGUCAGCUGCAAGAGCACAUAAAAAAAUGUACGGCAAUGACUAAAAUAGUAGAAGAGGCGUGCGGAAUUUUGCACUGUCACGAUUCUGAAGUAAGUAUGAGAGCCAAAGGAUUGUCCACAGCCUUGAGUGUAGAGAGGCAGACUUCCGACGAGCUGCGUCUGCAACUAAUUCAAAAGGACUUACAGAUCGAGCAACUGCGCCAAGAGGUGGAAGAGCUGGGGCAACGUAAGGCAAAUGCCCCCAUGGAUCAUGAUAACAGCGCCGAAGCAGCUCAGGGUGAGUCCAAUUCAAUGAGACAACAUGAUUCAAUGGAAAAACAGCAUAGACACUCCUCAAGGAUCUGGACGCCAUCGCACCAGCAGUGUUACGAGACUAUGCGGAGAGGAGACUUCGAGCAAUGUCACGAAAUGCGACAAUCAUCGGCCACAGGUGAGGCGAUUGAGUUUUCACUGGGUGAUUACAUUCGCACCAUGUCAUUACCAGAAGUGCAGCCUUUUUCUGGUAGGCCAGGCGAAUGCUUUAAAAGAUUUGUGAACUCCUUUGACAUGAAGUACCCCAAGGAAAAGUGGAGGGACUCUAACAGAGUGCAAUUAUUUCAAAGUUUCCUCAGAAAAAAUGCGCUGACGGUAUUCGAGACUUUGCCAAGAGAGAUACGUGAAGGUACGUACGAUGGGGUGAUCGAGGCAAUGAAAGCUAGAAUGCGCAUAGAUGGGAAUAGUCAGCGCGUUAAAGCCCUAGCUAAUCUGCGCUUACUAGCGUUGAAACCUGGUCAGCCGCUUAGCGAAUUCUGCUUUGCCUUAGAGGGCCUAGCGAAUAGGGCAUACCCAGACAUGCCACCUGAAGCAACCUCUUACUGCCUUACUGAGGCAUUGGAGACCAGUAAGUGUGAAGAGGCUUAUGAAAAAGUAAAGGAGGCAGCCCUAAGGUUAGAGAGAAGCCUAAAAACAGCCGAAGAGUGCAGACGGUUAGAUCAAAGAAGAAGUGAAAUUAGGCACGGGCAACUUACCUUUAGACGAGGUGAACCGAUCGACGACAGAAGCCCAAAAAGUAGCCCGAGAAGCGACCCGGAAAAAGCAUCUAAACCUACGAUAGGACACAGACCGCAAACCGCGCCCAAUUUUCAAAAGAAAAACGGGAGAAUGGUUCACCAAGCCAAAGAUUGUCGUGAUAGACUUGGCAGGCAACAAAGUACCCCAUCAACAGUGAGUGCUCAGCAGAGGCCUAAUGCAGCCUACGCCUCCCUAGUAGAAAAGUGGGUGUGCACAUCGUUUCGGGUACCUGAGUCGGAAACAAGUGAGCUGUUUGGGGACAAGCCAGCAGGUAUAAUGCUAUGUGGUAUCGAAGCAACCGGCGCUAUUAGAUACAGGCUCCCAAACGACCAUCAUUCCGGUGAAACUGUUAAAGAAAGCGAUAGA